UAACGUCAGAGGAUAGCUCUCCAAUCAGUCAUUGCAGGCGGGGCUGAGGAAUGGCGGUCAACGGGGAAGGCGGGCGUGGGGUGGGCACUGCUGACAGCGGCGAGGCUUCUUCGGGUCCGUCUUUGCUGGGCUCGUCGCUGGUUGAACGUGGGAGCCUCGGGGGCUUGCAGCUGACGCCCGUCUCGCAGAAGGUGGAUCCCUUGGACCUGGUGGCUCUGGCCGAGGAAGUGCAGAAGGCAGAUGAUUUUGUCCAAGCGAACGCCUGUAACCGAUUGACUGUCAUAGCGGAACAAAUCCGCUACCUGCAGGAACAAGCCCGGAAGGUUUUGCAGGAGGCUUCCAGAGAUGGCGACCUGCAUCAUGUCGCCUGCAACUUUGUGAAGAGGCCAGGGAACGUCUACUACCUGUACAGAAGGGCAAGCGGGCAGAGAUAUUUCUCCAUCUUAUCACCGAAGGAUUGGGGCCCCAGCUGCCCCAGCGAGUUCCUUGGGGCGUACAAACUGCAGCAUGACAUGUCCUGGACCCCCUCGGACAACAUUGAGAAGCGAGAAGCCGAGCUGAACGUCCUGGAGAAGCUGUUGAGCCAGCAGGCCUCUCUCCCGCUGUGCAGUGAGCCGAACUUCCAGGGCCUGACCAUGUGAAGUCUGUUUGUGGGGGACCCAAACCGAGGCAGCUGGUGGAAGGGACCAGCGUUUCCUUCCCAGGCAUGCAAAGAAAAAAACCCCCAAAAGGUCCUACUUGAGCAGUGUGGUGUCAGGAAGACUGCGGUGGGAGUGUCUUCACCACAUGGUGAUCUCAGGCUGCUUUCUGGAAGUGAUGGGCUGGGUGUUUUCCUCCCUUAUCGAUCCCUGAAUGUGAACAAACAAAAGCUGGUUUUGGGAAGCUAAGGGUUGAGGUUUGUUAGCGUCCACACAGUUGUUUUACGACCCCUGGGCGGGCUCCACCUAGAUAGAGGCAUCUACAGGCAAUGGAGAUUCUUACUAGAGUGCUGCCUGAGAUGUGUAUUCUGUUGCCUGCUCUAUAACGAUCUCCAAGCACUUCUUUCUGUUGAUCCUGUUUUAAUCCUGCCUUUCCUCCAAGGGGCUCAAGGAUUCUCCUGGGUUCUCCUGUUUUCCCUUCGCAACAACUGUGUAAGGCAGAGGAGGAGGAGAGAGCAAUUUGAAGCAGGGUCUCCGCGGCUGUGGCCCCAACAGUAACAUCUUUGAGCCACUUUAUCCCCUGCUGCUCGGAGAUCAGGAGUGGCCUACGCAAAUCAAGCUUGAGUUUCUUGAGUUAUCUCCUGGCUCAAAGUGCAAGCUAGGAAGCCCUCCGUUCAAAUCUCAUUGCAGCCAAAGCCAACCCACUGUUCUCUUGACCCCCAUCACCAAAUCUGGGGGAUGAUCAUACUGGUUUACCUUACAGGGUCGUUGGAAAAGGACUGGAAUAAUGUGUGAAGCAUUCUGAAGGCAUUAGGCGUGGCAAAUAAAUUGCUAAAUAUUC